CUUUUCACGCAAUCGAGCUCUUAUAAAAAAAUGUAUUCAAAGUGUUUUCAUUGGCAUAAGUAGUUGCUUGAUAUUAACUUAUACGACAAAUUGUUUUAAGAAUAAAGUAGUUUUGAAGUAAAAUACAGUGCUUGCCUUUUAUUAAAUUCGAAGGAAACACUUAAAUUUUUAAUAACAACACGCAAUCUAACAAAACGGUGUUUAAACAGAGAAAAUGGCAAGCAUAGUUCUUAUAGCUUGCCUGGCUAUAUUGGGUUUAAUUAUUGCAAUCGCUCUUUUUCUGGCUGGAGGAUACUUGUGGUGGAGGCAUAAAAGAUCCCAGUUACAGUUUAUUGAACCCAAUGAAGACGAGGAAUCUAGUAGUUAUAGUCUGCGGGCUGCUCAGGAUAUUGCUGACUCCGGUAAUCCACCUACAAAACCGCAAGUGCCAGUGACACAAGCUAUCACGACUCCUCUGCAAAACAAUAUUAACAGGAAACUAAAUGGAUUUUUAAGUCUUAGAACUCCUUUGAUUGGCGUUUCGGGAGCCUCUCAAACAAAACCGCAAAGCGUUUCUUCACUUGCAAAUCCUGGAGAUGGGACUACAAAAGAUUCUGCAAAUAAAAGUAUCUCAAUGACAGACAUGUAUUUGGAUAGCACCGAUCCAAGUGAAAAUGUUGGGCAAAUACAUUUCUCCUUGGAGUAUGAUUUCCAAAACACAACUUUAAUUUUAAAAGUUCUUCAAGGAAAAGAGCUUCCAGCAAAAGAUUUGAGUGGUACUUCCGAUCCAUAUGUUCGUGUAACGCUGUUACCAGAUAAAAAGCAUAGAUUGGAAACCAAAAUAAAACGACGAACACUAAAUCCACGAUGGAAUGAAACAUUUUAUUUUGAGGGUUUUCCAAUUCAAAAACUUCAAUCACGUGUUUUACACUUACAUGUCUUUGAUUACGAUCGGUUCUCAAGAGAUGACUCCAUAGGGGAAGUAUUUCUUCCUUUAUGCCAGGUUGACUUUGCUGGCAAACAGUCUUUUUGGAAGGCGUUAAAGCCCCCUGCAAAGGAUAAAUGCGGAGAACUUCUCUCAUCUCUUUGCUAUCACCCGUCAAACUCAAUUUUGACUUUAACAUUAAUUAAAGCGAGGAAUUUAAAGGCCAAAGAUAUCAACGGAAAAUCUGAUCCUUACGUAAAGGUUUGGCUUCAGUUUGGAGAUAAAAGGGUAGAGAAAAGAAAAACGCCUAUAUUUACGUGUACAUUAAAUCCAGUAUUUAAUGAAUCGUUUAGUUUUAACGUACCAUGGGAAAAAAUAAGAGAAUGUUCCUUGGAUGUUAUGGUGAUGGAUUUUGAUAACAUUGGACGAAACGAGUUAAUAGGACGAAUAUUAUUAGCUGGGAAAAACGGUUCUGGAGCAUCGGAAACUAAGCAUUGGCAGGACAUGAUCUCAAAACCCAGACAAACUGUAGUACAAUGGCAUCGCUUAAAACCUGAGUAACUUUAAUACGAACUCCCUAAUAACAAAUAAUUAACACCAGCAAGUAUAUCGGAGAACACCGUACAUUGAUGGAUGUGCAUACAUUAGUUUAAUUAUAGUUGCUUUCAUAGCAAUAUCAUUUCGAAUUAAUGUAUAAAGUCGAAAAUAAUUUAAAUCUG